AUGGCAGAGCUUGUGAGAAAGACGAGUGAGCUUCCUCAGUGGCUGCCGCCCUGGCUGCCCGACACAUGUGCCGAACGAGCUCGCCGGGUGGCCUCGGGCGAGGCAGCAAGCGAUCCCACGGCCACGUAUGCGGCUGGCUGCCACUGCGGCGCGAUCGCGCUCGAGGUCACGCUGUCGCCACCGCUGGAGCAGGGCUAUAUGGUCAACAUGUGCAACUGCUCCGCCUGCUCGCGUCUGGGCUACCUGCUGGUGUACCCAGAGCGCAGCCAGGUGCGGUGGCGUGGUGAGGGUGACAGCAAAGAAGGCAGCAGCAGUGACCGGGACAAAUGCGGCAUCUACCGCUUCAACACUGGCCGGACUCUUCACCUGUUCUGCCGCGACUGCGGGACCAGUCUGGGCGUCGACUUUCAGGGCUUGUUCCUGCCGGGCUACGACGGCUACGGGCUCAAUGUCCGCUCCUUCCAGAACGUCGACCUCGGCAGCCUGACGUACGGCUUCAACGACGGAAAGAACAACGUGCCGCCAGCGGGCGAUGUCUCGGGGCAGGGGGUGAAAAGCGAGUAG